CCUAUGGCUGUCGGUGGUCUCUGAGAUGCUGUACAUAGUCCUGUUGAUAGUGGGUUUCAGCCUGAUGUGUCUAGAACUGGUUCACUCCAGCACCAGCAACAUGAUAGAUGGACUGAAACUGAACGCCUUCGCUGCAAUCUUCACCGUCCUCUCAGGGCUCCUGGGUAUGGUGGCCCACAUGAUGUACACACAGGUGUUCCAGGUGACAGUCACCCUGGGCCCUGCAGACUGGAGGCCCUAUAACUGGGACUACGGAUGGUCCUUCUGCAUGGCCUGGGCAUCCUUCACCUGCUGCAUGGGUGCAUCAGUCACCACCCUCAACUCCUACACCAAGACUGUCAUCGAGUUCCGACACAAACGCAAGACCUUCGUGCAGAGCAUCCGAAAGGAGCAGGCGCGGCAGGCGUUGGGAUACUACCGCAAUCACCCCCUGCGCUCCAUAUCCCAAACCGUGGAGGUGUACACACAGACGCCGUAUAGCAGUGGUAUUAGGACGCACGUACCGGACGCGUCGUUAGACCCGAGUGACGUAUCAGAGACUCUGGGGGAAGACCAGUGCUGAAGGGAGGGAUCCCAGCGGGGAAAACUGGUUACAACUGGUUCACAUGAUGUCGCAGUUAUGUCAUUUUUAACCAUUUUCUGGUUGUGCUGAUGUUAUUUCAUCGUCAUUUCAACUCGUUUUGCCCACCGGGAUGUGUCGAAAGUAAAUGUAUGAAGUCAGUGCUAUCCAAUUGUGGUCUGUCACCUGUGUUGGGUCUUUUGGGGAUUCUGUAGCAACUGAAUCCGUUCGGAUUGAAUUCAUCACUGCCUUAAUUGAGCCAGGAUAUUCACUCCCUUGUUCCCAGUUUGGGCAUUGAUAGUCAUGGAAAGACAGCCGUGUACACACUGAUCAUACAACUAGAUGAUCUGACACACAAGGAAAGCCGCAAUCAAUAACAGUAGCGUUUUACCCGCCCCUAACAACUCUCAAAUUCAGAGACAGAACUAUGGAUGUAAGGACUGAAUAUCCAUGAUAUCAGCAUUAUAGUUUUAACCAUGUUUUGAGGCUGUGUAGUGUUUGUUUACAUUUACUUUGUUUACAAACAUUGGAGUAAAACAAGCUUAUACAGUGCCUUGCGAAAGUAUUCGGCCCCCUUGAACUUUGCGACCUUCUGCCACAUUUCAGGCUUCAAACAUAAAGAUAUAAAACUGUAUUUUUUUGUGAAGAAUCAACAACA